UAUUCUACAAUGUAGAAAAUAGUCAAAAUGAAUGAGUAGGUGUGUCCAAACUUUUGACUGGUACUGUAUGUGAGCCCACAAUUUCAACAUUAGUGACAAGGAAGUCAUUUUUCUGAAGUAUUUGCACAAUAUUUAGUUUGUUGCAUUUGUGUGUGGCGGCGGACUGUUCUCACGUUUCAUCAUUGUCUCAAUAUACUGGUUUUAAGUCUGAUGGACCUAGACAUUGUGACUGACCUAUAAAAGUAUGGUGGAAUAUCACUAGUAAGUUUGUUUUUUUAUUCUCAAGUAGCUGCCUGUACUACAGCACAUCAAGUCUGUGAAUAUAAAACUAACAGCUUCUUCACCCAAAAUGGUGUAUGCAUAUUAUAAGAUGUGCCCAUGAAGUGUAUUAUGUUAUACAUCAGAUGUAAUAUUCCUGUUGUCAUUCUGAAAUACAGUGAAGUAGAAACUUAGUGUGGAGUGGAUUAGGUCCGGGAUCUUUUAACCACUGUUAAUAAUGUCAUAUGAUCUCCCUGGCCAAUCAGCUAUCAAAGACUGACAAAUGCUGUAGUACAACAAAUUGUGCAAUGACUUUUGACAUCCUGGAGUGGUGGACUUCCUGUCUCAGUAUUUAAGGCUCAGACGUACAUGCUGCAUUGUCACUGGGUGUGCCCCGUGAGUAUCUGUGCCGUUAAAAAAAUAAAAUAAUUACUGGACAAUUUUUUGCAUGUUUCUAACUUGCAUUUACACUUCCUGAUAAUUUGUUGAUUUGAUAGGAGCUACAAGACAAACGCCAAUUCAUCUAAAUCUAACCUAUUCAUCUUCAUCUAACCUCCAGUGUAGGCACAGCAGGAAAAUAUUAAGGACCUUGAACUUGGAAUCUGAAGAACCCUGCCAUUCACUAGUUCCUGCAACAACAAGCACCAUCAAGGAUGGAAGCAAGCCUCAACAAUAUUUCGGACGACAUCGCAUCAAAUAGGACCCUCAUUGAAACCAUUGUACAGUGGACAACAUUCUCCAUUGGUUUUCCUCUGAUCUGUCUGUCCAUUUAUGCCAUGUACUUCCUGAUCAGAGCUGAUCACAUCGCUCCAGUCUAUGUUAUCAACCUUCUUAUUGCAGAUCUCAUUCAAAUUUGCAUGAGGCCAUUCAUACUGUCUGGUACCUGGCAAUUUAUAGUAGAAUUGAUUGAAUUCUUUGGUAUCAGUGCAAGCAUUGGUUUCAUGGUAUGUGUUGCUCUCGAGAGAUAUCUUAUGAUUGCAUUUCCUCUCUGGUACCGUUUUCGCCGUAACAUCAAAUUCUCGCUCAUAGUGUCCUCUAUUAUCUGGGUGUUUCCUUUCAUCCAAAUCUCCAUAUUUUACAUCGCACCGACUUUAGAGAUUUCAUUUAUUUUGUUUGCAGUUAACCUCCUCAUACCCUUUCCACUGCUUGUAUUCUUCCUUGUGGGCACGUUGAAAGCUCUGUCCGUCUCCAUCUCUGUGCCAGCUGUCGAACAGAGACGGAUUAUUGGUACCCUGGCCCUUGUGCUGGGCAAUUACACAGUCCUGUUCCUACCCCUCAUCAUACAAUAUCUGAUAUCAGGGGUAACAGGCCAACACAAUGUGGAGAUUGGGACAAUCUUUGAGAGAUUCAGCCCCCUUGUGGAUCCUCUACUCUAUGUGUUCAUGAGAAAGGGAGCUAAGGACACUCUGGCCUUCCCCUGCUUCGACAAGUUCAUGGGUGACCAGGAGCAGAGUCAGGUCACAAACACUAUGACCAUGACUGAUAGUGGAGUAGAAGGCUCCAGGUAGGACAGAUCCAAGAUAAUGGACUGUAUCUGUAUGAUUCACUAUGUAUAACUCCUAUCAACUCCUUAAAAUUAUCGGAUUGAAACGUUGUCAAAAAAGCGGUGAAUUGAGAGCUUUAACAGUGUGCGGCCUUGUUCUUUUCUUUGUUAUAAUUAUACCUUACGGGCCUCCCGAGUGGCGCAGUGGUCUAAGGCACUGCAUCGCAGUGCUUUAGGCGUCACUACAG